UUACCUGCUGCAGGGGGAGGGGUGGGCCUUCAAACUGAGCUGCAGGACUGCGACUUUGGGUGGUUGGACUUGGGGAGAAACUUUCAUUCCAUCUCAGGUAUGAGGUUGAAACGCUUGUUCUGUUUUAUCUCUAGACAUCCCUCCCACCUAGCUGGAGGGAUUAUUAAUUAGGAGAGCUUUUUACACUGAAGCUCAAUACAAGCUUGUCUUUUUUUUAAAUCUAGAGAGCUCUAAAGAACCAUCCCACCCCAAGGGGCAUUCCACUCAUGUUUGCAAACUCUGUUCUGCCCUUGUUAAAGCACCUGUUGUAGAGGUGCAGCUGUGUGGUAGUUGUUCAAGCCUGAAAGAACCCCUUCCGGUUUCGGGUCUUACUGACAGCACAAAGUAUCAUUGGGCACAUUCUUUCUUUAGGGGCUUACUUUGGUUUUCUGGGUACAUCUGAGGACAAGCACAGCUUUCCGAGUGGGAGGACACAGGAGUAAAUAAAUGCUCUUUUCCUUAUACACAGAGAGGUCAAUUUCCAGCCAUUCUGGAACCGUGCUUUUUUGGGGUCUCUCUGUUACAGGCACUGUUCCUUUGCUGGGAGUGGUUUGCCAGGCUCCCAAGGCCUAUGGCUGGCUGCAACGUAGUGUUUCCUGAAAUACACCCAGGCAGGGAUCCCCCAUCAGCCCAAGCACUUUCUAUUUCUCUGUGGUAGUGUCUUUUCGUAUCCUGAGCUUUGUUUCCUUUUCAUUUGAUUUUUGCCAGCUGGAUUCAUUGGGAGAAUUGCAAUAAAUCUUGAGCUGGAGAUGGGUACUGUGACAUGAGGAUGCUUCAUCAGCCAGUGCAUCUGCAGUGCUCUUGUUCUUGAUCAGUGCAAAUGCUGUCCAUCUUCUUACAUCAACAUAAUUCAUUGCUUCUUGAGCCAGGAGCUAAUUUCUUCUAGCUUGAGCUUGAACUGAAAAGGGAUCUGGAGGCAUCUAACACCACAUUAUGGGGUGUUGCAUGAGGGAUUCUGGAGUGAGGUUAAGGAGGAAUGUGACGUUUGGCUUCACAUUCACCUUCCAGGUGAAUUUUAACUGCAGAACUUCUUGGUAAGUAUUCCCUUUGUUCCUGAAGGUGGGUAUCACUGAUAACAGGAAUGCAGUGCAUUGUCUGUUCCUCCUGUGCUGAGAGCAGGGGUAACCAGCAGAGACUGCUGCUCUGCUUUCCCUUUUUAAGCGUGGCUUUAUUGGUUGCCUGAGGAAUUCAGACCUGGCAGUAUCGACACUGUGGUAUCUUCAGACCCAAAUUCAGAGAGAGGGCUUGAACAGUUGGAUUGGUAAAGCUUCUGCCAGGCUCAGAUGGCAUUUACCUGCUGCGGCACACAGGGUGCCCCACUCCAUCAUGUCAGAGGGUUCUGUGUAUCCAUCCACAGCCUGAUCCCAGGAGAUCACACCUCUCAGCCAGCCACAUUACCCUGCACAGUGAGCGGAUUCCUUGCCCUAACAGCACCUCGUGAGGCUUCUUUGGGCUGUUCCACAGCAGCCAGUCUGGCCAGCAUCUGUGAUAAAUGAUACGCUGCUUCCUGAUAUUUGUUUGCUUCUGUAAGUGUUUCGCCAGUGGUUGUUAGAUGGCUGGAGUUUUGCUGCCUCGAAGUCUUAACACCUUCAAAACCAGCCUUAGCUGGAUGGAUGCUGCAGAAGCUCUAACUUGGCAUCGUUUCCAGGUAUCUGGUGAAUUUGAAAGGUUUUUGUCCCGUCAUAUUUAGGACUUCUCAAAUCCUAAAACAUCAGAAAUGUUCUUGUGUUUGUAUUAGGCCUAUUUCUGCCCUUUAAGGCCCCUUAAGUUUUUAUUUCUUAAAUGCAUAAUUUCUGUAAUAUCUCUGGAAGAGUCUUCGGCUUUUUGGUUGUAUUAAUUUGCUUGAGUGCGACAAGCUUUUAACAAAUGUUGGUUUCUGCUUAGAUUUCUGUCUUGCCAUGAUGACUCUGGCCUGUAUUUUGAAAUAUAACGCUGUUUUCCAAAGUGCUUCUUCUUGCCAAAUUCUGUUCUGCAUUUCCUGUCAUCUGAGCUCUUGCAUACCUUCCAGUGCUGGAAGUGGAGUUCUGUUGUGGAAGCAGAAGCUCACAGAGAACAGGAUCUGUGAGCUGCUCUGGGCACAGGCAGAACUUUGAUGGUUCUGGAAGCGAUGCCUCACACUGAGGUGCCACAGCCCUGGAGGGGACCCAAGGUCAGGACUUGGCAGUGCGUCCAUGGGCUGCCUGGCCUUGUCACUUCCAUGCCCCGUGGUGGUGAGGGGUCUGCGGUCUGUGCUGCACUGCUUCUGGGCCUGCUCUGUUCCCCUUCCAGCUUCAGCUCCUUCCUCUAAAGCAGAAAUGGUUCUGGGAGAGGCUGUGGGGUGUGAGUCCUGGGGUGCUGUCACCGCCGGGAUCGCUGCUGGGCCUCCGUCAUCUGAAGGGGGAAGAAAGACCGACUCACAGCUGACUCAUAACUGAGAAUGUGGCCUCACAUGGUGCUCUGGAAGCUCUGCAGGACUGGUGGGGAUCUCACCAGUUGCUGAGUGAAUCCUUUGGUUCUGCUUUGAGCUUUCCUUGGCUCACCAGGCCUGCGGUUCUCCUGGAUGGGCCUGAUCCAACAGGGAGCGAGGUGUUCCUUGCUGCCUGCCCCAGAUGGAGCCGGGGGAGCUGGGCCCCAUCUGCACGGUGGGAGGCUUCUUGUCACAGUUCCUGUGCGUGCACGUUGAGUAAAAAUGCUUCUUUACGUUUGCGGGAGCUUAGCUUUGGCAAAUGUUGUCCAAAGGUGUUUCUGCAGACUUAUAGGUGCUGUGUUUUCCAUCCUUGAGAUGAGGCUGCAGGGCCAUGAGGAGGUGUCUGCACCAGUUCGGCCAUUGAGAGGCCUUCCUACUCUCUGAAGCAAUUCCCUCAGUUGCCUUCUGGGGACUGACAGUGCUUUUAGCUGACACUGGUUGCAGACCUUGCUCUCUGGGAGCCAUCAACUCCUUUGGUUUCCCUUUGUGUGCUUUCAGAGGGGUUUAUCCUUUCUGCAUGCACACCUUGGACAUAGCGUCUGCUGGUAGUGACAGCUUGGAUGAGUUCAGGCUUCUGUUCUGGGAUGAUCUGCUGCAGUGUGACUUGGAGCCUGCUGUCGUGUUGGCUGAAUGCAAGAGGUGACCACUCAAGAAGCGAGCUGCGUACAUGCACAGGAACGCACACGGUGGUUUCAUGCGCAGGGGCUGUGUUCUCUCCGAUUGCUACAUCUGGAGCAGAACGUCUGCAAGAUCACAUGUUGCUGGCCUUUGCCGGAGUUCGACCCAAGUCAGAUCCGACUGAUUGUGUAUCAGGACUGUGAGAGAAGAGGACGGAAUGUCUUGUUUGACUCCAGUGCUAAAAGGAAAAUAGAGGAUGUUUCUGUGUCGAAACUCUGCAGCGAUGCUCAGGUGCGAGUGUUUGGGAAGUGUUGCCAGCUGAAGCCUGGAGGAGAUAGCUCUUCUUCUUUGGAUAGUUCAAUCAAUUCAUCCUCCUCAUUCUCCGAUGCAAAAGAACAAUGCCCAAAAUAUCAGGGCUCUCGGUGCUCCUCAGAUGCCAACAUGCUUGGAGAGAUGAUGUUUGGCUCUGUGGCCAUGAGCUAUAAGGGCUCCACGUUGAAAAUUCACCAGAUCCGCUCACCUCCUCAGCUGAUGCUCAGCAAGGUUUUCACAGCUCGCACUGGAAGCAGCAUCUACGGAAGUCUGAAUACGUUGCAGGACAGUCUUGAGUUCAUUAAUCAAGACAGCAAUACAUUAAAGCCCGACCACAGUACAAUUAUGAACGGACUUCUUGGGAAUAUAGUUCACAGCAACCCUAUGGAUAUGCCUGGGAGGGAGCAGAAUGAGGACAGAGACAGCGGUAUAGCAAGAUCUGCAUCUCUUAGCAGUCUGCUCAUCACUCCAUUUCCAUCUCCGGGCUCCUCGUUCAACAAAAGCUGUGCCAGCAGUUACCAGAGGCGUUGGCGGCGCAGCCAGACAACCAGCUUGGAGAACGGAGUCUUCCCUCGAUGGUCCAUGGAUGAAAGCUUUAACUUGUCAGAUGACAGCUCUGGUCCUAGCCCAGGAAUUGUUAGGAAGAAGAAGAUAGCAAUCGGAGUUAUUUUUUCACUCUCAAGAGAUGAAGAUGAAAACAACAAAUUUAACGAAUUCUUCUUCUCACACUUCCCACUUUUUGAGAGUCAUAUGAACAAACUGAAGAGUGCAAUAGAACAGGCUAUGAAAAUGAGUCGUAGAUCAGCUGAUGCCAGUCAGCGAAGUUUGGCCUAUAACAGAAUUGUUGAUGCCCUCAAUGAAUUCAGGACGACUAUUUGCAACCUGUACACCAUGCCACGGAUCGGGGAGCCCGUCUGGCUUACCAUGAUGUCAGGGACUCCGGAGAAGAACCAGCUGUGCCACCGCUUCAUGAAGGAGUUCACCUUCUUGAUGGAAAAUGCUGCAAAAAAUCAGUUUUUACCAGCUCUCCUGACUGCAGUGCUGACUAACCACCUGGCCUGGGUCCCUACGGUCAUGCCCAAUGGACAGCCACCUAUACGAAUCUUCCUGGAAAAGCAUUCUUCCCAGAGCGUGGACAUGCUGGCCAAAACUCACCCAUACAACCCCCUGUGGGCACAGCUUGGUGACUUGUAUGGGGCUAUUGGAUCACCUGUGAGAUUAGCCAAAACAGUCGUGGUUGGCAAAAGGCACGAUCUGGUACAGAGGCUGCUUUAUUUCCUCACUUACUUCAUCAGAUGCUCGGAACUUCAGGAGACACAUCUGCUAGAAAAUGGGGAAGAUGAAGCCAUAGUCAUGCCCGGAACUGUUAUAACUACCACGCUGGAGAAAGGAGAAGUAGAAGAAUCGGAAUACGUGCUUGUCACGAUGCACAAGAACAGGGGUAACUUGCUACCAAAGGAGUCUGAGGAAAUGAGAACUCCUAACUGUAGCUGUAAAAACUGCAAAUGCCCCAUUUCUCUUGCACAAAACAUAGAAGGUGUUUCACAGCAAGAGAGAGAAGACGCACAAAACACUCCUAAGGUGGAGCUGGAAACUUCUUCAGAUGAGAGCAGAACUAUUGUUCCUGAUGAUGGUCAGGAGGAUGCUGCUGAUGGUCAUCAGCCGAGAACCUGCCAGGACACUAAAGUAGAGAGCGUGGUGUGCACAGGGUCAUCUUCACCAGAAAAACGCGUGUUGGCAGAAUCUGGUUUGGAAGCAACAGCAAACAUGUGGAGGAAUGAAGAUGUGCUGGAAGCAGGCAGCCAGGCGAUCAGUGCGACGCGGUCACCCGGUAUAGCCGUGGAAAAGAAGCCUCCAGAUAAGCUCUUCUGUGAUGCAUUUCCUUGCAGUGCUGCCGAAGCUCAGACAAAGGUGACUUUCCUCAUCGGAGACUCCAUGUCACCUGACUCAGACAUCGAGCUCAGAAGCCAGGCAGUCGUGGAACAAAUUGCCAGGCACCACAGCCCGCCGACAGCGGAGGAAGGAGUGUCUGCUGAUCAGAACUGUGAAGCUAAACAAACUGUUGAGGACCAAAAUAGAGACUGUGGGACAGCUGAACCCUUUCCUCAAGUUGCUAGCGAGCAUCAGAGCUGGAAUCCAAAUGCAUACAACGCUGAGGGCAUGAGUCUGUUUGAUGACAAUUUUACUGAUGAUGGCUCAGUUGAGACCCGGACUAUGGAUGAUCUUCCAGGCCAAGCAGCUGCAGAGCUUCUCACUCACAACAGCAAUCUGGAGUUUUCUAAAAAGCUAUGUACAAAGACUAGCAAACCACCUAGCGAAUUUUGUAAAUUUAUGGACUCUGUUCGACAGGAGACCUACAAAAACUGCUUUGCUGAGCAGGACCAAAGAGAGAAAAUCUCUAUUCGUGUCCCCCAUGGGGACAGAGAAAACGCAGAGAAAAAGGUGGCCCCGGGAAUUGAUUGGGACAUUCCUAGAAAUGAGAGCUCAGACAGCGCCCUGGGUGACAGUGAAAGUGAGGAUGCAGGUCACGAGCUAACCAGACCAAGCAGUAACUACUAUGGAGGAGAGCAGGAAGACUGGGCAGAAGAAUAUGAGAUUCCUUUUCCUGGGUCAAAACUAGUUGAAGUGAACUCUGUCCAGCCCAGCAUUGCCAAUUUUGGACGAUCCUUACUAGGAGGCUACUGCUCGUCUUACGUCCCCGACUUUGUUCUGCAAGGAAUAGGAAGCGAUGAAAAGCUGAGACACUGUUUGGUGUCGGAUCUGUCUCACGCUGUGCAGCAUCCCGUUCUGGAUGAACCGAUCGCAGAAGCUGUCUGCAUUAUUGCAGACACAGACAAAUGGACAGUGCAGGUGGCCAGCAGCCAGAGGAGGAUGAUUGAUAACAAGCUGGGCAAAGAAGUGUUGGUCUCCAGUCUCGUCUCUAACCUGCUUCAUUCCACUCUUCAGCUUUACAAGCAUAAUUUAUCUCCAAACUUUUGUGUCAUGCACCUGGAGGAUCGGCUGCAGGAGCUCUAUUUCAAAAGCAAGAUGCUGUCUGAAUAUCUCAAGGGCCAGAUGAGAGUUCACGUCAAGGAGCUGGGCGUUGUGCUGGGGAUUGAAUCCAGCGACCUCCCUUUGCUGGCAGCUGUAGCGAGCACUCACUCUCCGUACGUCGCCCAGAUACUGCUCUAAAAUGCCAGAGAGAGCAAAGAUGUUUCCUUUUUUUUCCCUUGAAAACAGAGUGGAAGACAACUUGUUCUGGCUGCUUUCUCUUUGCAGCCACUGAAACAAACUGCUCCCAGAGCUGCAGCAUCUCCAUGUUGGGUGGAUGGUUGGACUGGAUGGUCUCGGAGGCCUUUUCCAACCUCAGCGAUUCUCUGAUACAUGACUGCACACGAUACAAACCAUUGGGGGCUUUUCUUCUCCCGCAUGAUCUCUUAUUUAAAGAAGAAAGAAAGGAUAAAGAAAGGAAAACAGGAAAAUGAGUAAGCCCAAGUUUUCAGCUGCAGAGAAGUGAAGGUUUUGGUGAAAGCUGAAGAUGUGCAUUUUUUACCAGUUUCUGCCACAGUGGCUCACUGUAAUUUAUCCUGGGGUACCCAAGGAAGAACUGCUUUGAGACAUAUUUGAUGCUAUUGCCAAUUACAAACUUUAAAAGCGAAGGCAGCAGCUGCCCUCAGACCCAGAUCUGUCAUUCUCAAGCUGCAACGAUUUGUGAACAACUUCUCCUUUUUCAUGUCAUAGUCGAAUUCUGGAUGCUUCCCUGAGGAGGAGCAAAGGGUGGGGGGUUGGUUGGUUUUGUAACAAGCUCAUUAAUGGCACUCAGCUCCAACGUUUAGUUAUGAUCUUUCUCCUGGGGAGAGGAGAUGGUGAGGGUGGGGAGGGAUGGGGAGGGGGUGAUAGGAAAGGGCCACCGGGCACCUGCGGGGGGAUUGUCUCUUGACUGGAUGUCGUAACCAGUAUUACAUGUUCAUCAUGUUUAAAUGUUGCUUUAUAUUCAGUAAUGCUUUUUUUGGACAACAUAAUCAAAAUGUUUUAAAAAAAAAAAGAGGCUGAAGUUUCCCCACAGGCCCCAGAGCACCACGACUAUUACCUCCGACUUUUGUAUGGUCUGUAAUGGCCUCUGAUGUUCUUGCAACUGCGAUUCUUUUUACAGCAGUCAGUCAGCUGUUGAAAUAACGAGCUGGGAGUCAUUGUACCAAAGCACUGGGGAGAAAGCGAACAGACUAUUACCCUUAAUUGCUCAGGUAACUAAUUGAUAUAUUUUUUAAAACAGUUCUACAAAAAAUGAACAUUGAUUGCACCACGGUAUGGAAAAACCCAAAUCAUUUUUGGACGGAGUAUCCCCUCGCUGCAGAUGGCUCCAAUCCCUUUUCUACUCACUUGUGUAAUUACCAGCAGGAAAUGUUGUUUAUUUUAUUCUCAGCAUUUCUCCUUGACUCAGCCAUCGCUGUUUUGUCAUUGUAUAUACAAUAGUUGUAAGAAUAGCUGAUGGAACCAGUCUGGUGUAAGUAAUGUAAAUAUACAGUGGUAGGUGGAUUAUGUUUUCAAAGGCUCUACUACCUCAGUUUAACUGGACACUUCAUUAUAGACUUUUCCUUGCUUAUUUGUCCUAGCAGCCAAUUAACGUCGCUGAUUUUAGGUUCUGUUUUCACUGAUUACAUUCAGAAUAUUGGGAUUCGUGGGUUACUCACUGAAGUAGGAGGAACGUGUUCGCUCGGUCACCAGGCUGCAUAAAUAGUUCUAUAAAUAUAUCGUUCUGUAAUCAUAUUUUCAAUAGUAUAGCACGCCUUCUAUUGUUGUUUGCGGAGUUAUUUUAAAUACAAUCUAUUGUAAACUUGAAAACAAUAGGAGAGGUCCUUGCCCCACUGCUGUCAAUGUCAGAACUCUCCUUCCUUCCCGUGCUGGGGCCGGGCUUCACCCAGGCUGUCGUUCAGCAACGUUUGAAACCUGCAGCUGAGGGCUCUGUUCCAGGGAAGAGCCGCACGGGCAUCCCCUGAGUUCCCAUGUAGGACUGAGCCUACCUGAGUGCGGAACCCCACCUCGGAUCCAGGCAGUGCCAUCUGAAGCUCCUUUGUAUAUAAAAUCCAGUGCUGACUGCUGCAGGGAAGAAACUCGUGGUUGUUGUGCGAUCCGAGGAUCCGUUUCUCCCCUGUCUGGUAAAUGUCCUCUCUCCACCACCCAACUGCAUUACAUCUGGCUUCUGGAUCGAGCACGCCAUGUCGGGGCCCGGUUGUGUCAACACGUUUGCAAUGACAUACAGGCUGGAGCUCAGCAGCCGAGCUUUGGCUCUUCGCUCUGACGCAGGACGCAGCCCCAGCGCCCGCGGGGAUGUGCUCACUGUGCAGUGUGUGCUCCUUUCCCCAUGGCUCGGUGGACUGUGGGGUUGGAGGCUCCCAGGUACGAGCACAGCGCGGUACGUCCAUCUGCAGCAGUGCAAGGAGGGAACUGCACGGGACUGGAGCACUGGGACUUCAAAUUACACCACAGUUGUUUCAUGUGAAUAGAAAACUAAUGCGUUUGGGUUCUUUUUUUCCACUACUACCGAUCUCCAUUAACAUGUCUUAAUUUUCGGGCUGAAAGCUAAGUGUUGUAGGCACACGGAUUAGCACAUCUAUUUGUGUUGCAGUUGGCAAACACGGGGCUGCUAAGAACAAAAAGUAUUUAAAAGAAAGGAUGUUACCCCUUGCCCAUGUUUUCUCUGUUAGUUAUUAUGGAUGUUUUAUGACAAUUUUUUUGCUUUCUCUAAAUUAUUUAGAUGGUGGUACUUGUAAAAUGCUGGGUAAAAUGUACAUACUUGUUAUCUCCUCUGUUUUUUUUUUUUUUUUUUUUUGUAUAUAUUUCUCAAGAUGUGCACUUGUAUUAUAAUAACCAUUCCCAAUUUUAGGGGAAAUUUGUGCAAUAAAAACAGUAUGUCAAUUUA